CAGCCCUAUAUAAAUUGCACAUAGUUUAAAGAAUCACACAAAAAACAAAUCGGGAUUAAUGUAUUCUAAAUUUGUAUAGUAGGUUGUAGUUGUACAGAUAGGAAGUAGUUGUUGAUCUAUGGAAUAUUAAAUGUUUAACCUUUCCUUCUACAGAGAGACGAUAUCAUCACAAAAAAAUUAGGAUAAAAAGAGUAGACCAUUCGUUAGAGAGUGUGAGUGAGGUCAUAUAUAGCUAGCUAGUCUGAUACGAAGAGAGGUUCAUCAAUUUGAUAAGGAGGCAAUUUGGAGAAUUAAUGGAGACACCAGGAGGAAUAAAGAUAGGUGCUUCCUUGUUUGUACCUAAUGUUCAGGAAUUGGCAAAACAACCGCUUGCUGAAGUCCCAGCUCGAUACAUACGCAAUGAUCAGGACCUCAUGGCUGAUGUCUGUGCUAUGUCUAUGAUAGAUCAAAAGGUACCUGUUAUCGAUUUGCAGAAAUUACUAUCUCCAGCGCCCAUCGUCGGAGAUUUAGAAUUGGAGAGGCUGCACUCUGCUUGCAAAGAAUGGGGUUUCUUUCAGGUGGUAAACCAUGGAGUCGACACUUUAUUUGUGGAGAAAACGAAAUCAGAAAUUCAAGGUUUCUUCGAUCUCCCAAUGGAUGAGAAAAAGAAAUUUUGGCAGUUAGAAGGAGAUAUGGAAGGAUUUGGACAAGUCCAUGUAAAAACAGAAGACCAAAAGCUUGAUUGGGGGGAUAUGUUUUUCAUGCUCACUCUUCCUCGACAUAUGAGAAAGCCCCGGCUAUUUCCCAAACUCCCUCUACGUCUCAGGGAGACAAUUGAAUCCUACUCAUUGCAGUUGAGUAAACUAAGCAUGACCCUCCUUGAGUUGAUGGGUAAGGCUCUAGGAAUCGAGGCCAAGGUCAUGGAAGAGUUGUUUGGAGAUGGGAGACAAAUUAUAAAGAUGAAUUAUUAUCCUCCUUGUCCUCAACCAGAGAAUGUCCUCGGAAAUACACCACACUCAGAUGCUACCGGUUUAACGAUCCUCCUUCAACUCAACGAAGUGGAAGGUUUACAGAUUAGAAAGGACAAUAUGUGGGUUCCUGUUAAGCCUUUGCCUAAUGCAUUCAUAGUGAACGUUGGAGACCUCUUGCAGAUAAUGAGUAAUGGGAUUUACAGUAGUGUGGAGCACCGAGUAACGGUAAACACGACAAAGGAGAGGCUCUCAGUUGCAACAUUUCAUUGCCCUCAACUAAGCACAGAGAUAGGUCCAAUACCUGGCUUGAUCACACCCGAGACACCUGCCUUGUUCAGAAGAAUUGUGUAUGAAGAUUAUAUUAAGAAAUACUUUUCUCGUAAACUUGAAGGAAAAUCAUUCCUUGACUACAUGAGGGUAGGAGAAGGAGAUGAAGAUACUAACCCGCGUGUAUAAUUUAUGUUUAUGAAUAUUUCGUAUUUUAAUGUAUGAAUUAAUGUAAUGUUUCGCUACCGAACUCUAGUAUCAUACGGAUUGUGACUAGAGAUGUUCCGAUAUCCCGUAUGUGUGUUGUGCAUUCUUUAGCCGCAUCAUUCACUAUAUGGAUAAAAAUCAAAUCUUGUGCACUACU